UUAAUGAUCACUGAAAAGGUAUUUGAAACCAUCAAAAAUGCCGCCGAAACAGGGUCCAAGAUGUCGAGUAUUAGGGUGCACGUACUCGAAGAAACCUGUACCGCCUGGAACCUCCUUGUUUCUUGUCCCAAACUUUACGGACGACAAGGUCAAGAACGUUGUUGUGUUUGAAUCUUGGGUUCAACUAUCAGGCAACAAUGAACAUCUAGAAAUCCCCAUAAAACAUUUGAGACGCAACAUGAAAUUUUGCGAGAGGCAUUUUCUUCCAGACCAAUUCCAGGCUGGUGGGAGGAGAGGCAAGAAACUGAAGAAAAAAGAAACUUUGCCAUCAGUGUUUGAUGAACACCACGCACCCAUCUCUGAUGAGCACAUGAGCCAGUGGAGGCAAACACAACACUACAGAGCCAUAUUUGAACCUCUCACACCUAGGAGGAAAGCGGCAUCAGAAAAAGUGGUGGUGGAACCUCCUGUCAAUCAGGUUCAGCAUUAUUGUAAUCUAGUGAGCUAAUCAUUUUUUCUGUUGUCACUUUUCCUUUUCCUGUUGUUAUCUGUCAAACAAAUUCUGAAUUGUUGUAAUGUAUUUGUCUUUUUUUCUGCUGUAACCUGUCAGACAGAUUUAGUCGAUUUUAAUUAGCUGUUGUGAUAUUUUGUGCAGUUUUGAGCCGCCCUCGUUUACCUUGUGCUUUCUGACAUAAAACAUGCAUAAACUUUAACUUCUGGAUUUUCUCUUGCAACUCCACCACCAGCGUCCUGUCAGGGUAUUCAUUAAAUUUAAAUCUCC